AUGGCAAUGCCUUCAGCUGAUGUGAACGCAGCGUCUGUGACGACUAUCUCGAACUCAAUGUGGAAGUCGUCACUACUGAUUUCCGAGGGAUCUCUUGUCAUUCUUUUUGAAACACAUAAUUCACUUACAUACUGCUACGCACAGCGUGACGCUAUCUACCAGAAUCGUCACGGUGCCUUUUAUCACAAUGACAUGAUUGGUCAGCCAUUUGGCUCGAAAAUUAUCUCAAGAAAAAAGAAUGCGCGUGGUUAUCUCAUUUUGCUUGCACCAACUCCAGAAUUAUGGAGUCGUGCAUUGCGUCACCGUACGCAAAUUGUUUUCACACUAGAUGCUAGUGCCAUUCAAUUUACAGCUGCAUUGUGCUCUGGAGCUCGUGUUGUUGAAUCUGGUACAGGGAGUGGAGCGCUCACUACUAGCUUUGCACGCACAGUAUCACCGAAUGGCCACGUUUUUAGCUUUGAAUUUAAUGCACACAGAGCAGAUAUUGCACGUGAAGAGUUUCAUCGUAAUGGAUUAACAAAUGUCAUUACAGUGGACUGCAGAGACGCAUGUGAACAAGGCUUUCCAACCGAUCUUGAUAAUUCCAUCGAUCUCGUAUUCUUAGAUUUGCCUUGUCCCUGGAAGGCAGUAGGACAUGCAACGAAAGUUUUGAAGCAGGGUGGAUUUUUUGCAUCGUACUCCCCCUGUAUCGAACAAGUGCAGAAGACUUGCGAUGCGUUGCGUAGUGCAAACUUCGAGUUAAUUCGCACGAUUGAGACGAGAUUGGUGCCGUACAACUCACGACGAAUUGAUCUACCGGUACCAGAUUUUGGAUUUGGCAAGAAAGUCAAGACGGAGAACGGCUCUGCAUCUUCGACGAUGAAUGAGCAAGAUAUAAACUCGACUAUAAUGGAUGAUGAGACGGAGGGUAAGAGUAAUGGUGGACGUAAACGUAAAUACGUUCCCGGUGGUGUGGGAGAGCACAUUGUGGCCAAGAAAGAUGACGAGAUUCGCGGACACACAGCGUACUUGACCUUUGCCACGAAGUUCUUCGAAUAA